UAGUUGUAUUGUAUUGGCUAUUUUGCACUUGUCUAUAGUCUAUAGUAGUUUCGUCACGUAGUUAACUUUUAAUGUAUAUAUAAAUAUAAAUUCUUAUUGUUUGUAAUUUAUUUUUUUCAAAAUGAGUGUAAAAGAUAAUUUUAAUGUUUAUGUUGGUGGUAAAUCUGGAAUUUUCAAAGGUGUAAAAAUAGAAAAAGAAGAAUAUUUAAUAGAAAAUAUACAAAAUUUAAUUUCCAUAACAGAUAAUGAUGAAGUUACAUCAAUGUCUUGGGGUGAUGAUGAUGAAAGAGAAAUUUUAAUUGGUUGUGGAGUAAAAGAUAUUAGAAGUGUAAAAGUUUAUGACUCGGAGUGUUCAACAUUUACAUGUUCUUUUUUUUGCAAUAUUGGAACAGGAAAAAUAACUGGCAUAUCUCGAUAUGAUGAAGCAAUUUUAACUGCUGUUAAAUCAGGAGAAGUAAAAUUAUGGAGAUUUAAAGAAGAAGAUGGAUUUAUAAUAAGAGCUGGUGAAAAUUUAGAUAAAAUGCGUCAUUCAAAUAAUAAACAUGUAAUAGCAACUGGAGGUCAAGAACAUGAAUUAAAAUUAUUUGAUAUAGAAAGACAAACUCGAAUAUUUCUAGAAAAAAAUGUAGCUCUUGAUUGGUUACAAUUAAGAGUUCCUAUUUGGAUUUCUGAUAUAGAUUUUCUUCCUUAUACAGACGAAAUUGUUACUGUUGGUAGAUAUGGACAUGUACGUUUGUAUGAUCCAAAAGUGCAAAGAAGACCAAUUAUAAAUAUAGAAAUGAAAGAUGAAAUAUUAACAACUUUAAGUGUAGUACCACAACAGAAACAAAUUAUAGUAGGUACUGGUAAAGGUAAAAUGAAUCUUGUGGAUCUAAGAAAACCAGCUAAAGUAUUAAAUACAUAUAAAGGAUUUGUUGGAGGUGUAACUGGAAUAGCUUGUAGUACAGUUGAACCUUAUAUUAUUAGUGUUAGUUUAGAUAGAUAUUUACGAAUACACCAUAUUAAUACAAAACAAUUAUUAAAAAAGAUAUAUUUAACAUCAAAAAUAUCAUGUAUGGUAUUACGUUCAGAAUUUUCAUUUUCAAAGAAUAACGAAAUUAAUGAACAAAGUACACACAAGUAUAAUAAAAAUAUUAAGAAUUUUGAAGUAAAAAAACAAGAAAAUAUACAAACCAAUUUAGAAUGUUCAGAUUCAGAAUAUGAUAUGUUAUUUGAAAAAAUGCAAGUAAUUAGUAACACAGAAGAUAAAAAAUUAAUUGAAAAAAAACAAAAAAAGAUUAAUAAAAAAGAUUUAUCAGAUAAUGCAAUUAUUUCUCGUAAAUCUGAACUAAAGAGAAAAGAAAAGGCAAAAAAAUUGUCCAAAAUAAAGAAGAUAAAAACAUUAAAAUCAACAUAAUAUUAUAAAUAAAACAUUGAUAAUUAUUAAUUAAUUAUUUAUUAAUUAUUAAUUAAUUAAUUAUCAAUAUUUCAUGUGAAUAAUCAUUUUAUAUUUAGAUCUCAUAAAAACAAAGAAAAUUGUCAUAUUUUUAUAUGUAAGUCUGUUUGUAUAAAUGAUAAAAAAUGUUAUUUAUGUUAAAUAAGAAAUUUAAAACCUCACAAUAUUUAAGGGAAUAAGGUAUAGAAAUCAUUACAAAUACUGAAGUAAAAUGUUUCAUUUACGAUGUAUUUUGUCACUCAGCAAUUCGUUUCUUUUUUUUCAUUUGUACCUUACAUGUACAAGGGACAUGAAUAAUACGCUAAUAGCUUUUGCCCUGGAUAUACAGUACUGAGACGCGACUAAGUGUACUGCCUAAUUAUUCGAUUAAUUCUUUAUUGUACAAUUUAUUCUUAAUACCUUGUCUAUAUAUUGUUUUGGUUCACGAAUGCAGCGUACACCGACUUCAAUGGUUUUUAAUCACUAAUAACGUUUAUUUUUUGUUAACAUUAUAUUAACUUGUGCCUUUGUUUGCAAUAAUAAUAUUGAAAUCGGUUGCGCUGCAACAUAGGCUACUGUAGAUCUUUUUACGUCUAAAAACUAGAAAAAGUGAACGUGACAACUUGUAAAGUUGAAACGUAUUUUGUACUAAAAGGAAACAAUAUAUUCGCAGCUACAGCACACUAAA